GAUAGCGUCUUUGGUGCGCUUGUGUAAUUGUUUGUCGAAUGAGAGAAGAGAGAGAAAUAGGCUGUCAUAAUCAUAAUCAUCAUCAUCGUCAUCCUAAUUAUCAUCACAAAUCAGAAACUAUGAGAGAAUCAUAAGAGUUUGGUUUUGUUUGUUUUAGUUAAACACGACAAACAACAAACCAACCUAAACACAACCAACUCCUUCUCUUGUUUCAAUUCAUCAUUCUUUUUCGAUUCUCAACUUUAUAGAUUCCAUUGCCGUUUAUAGGAUAGACAAAGGUGAUUCACUUGAAGCCUCGAGAGCUAUGCAUUCUUCAUCUUCGCCGGUUUUCCCCACUCUUAUGGAAAGGACGUAUAUGAAACCCUCGGAUUCUUUUCAUCGUUCACCUGUUGGGGGUUUGACUGCGAAUCCUGCCUUGCUGCAAGCUACACCGUCAAAUCCGAUCAGAAGUGCUAGACAGGUGUUUUCGCCCACUGCUGAAUGUCCUGGCGGCAUCGCCUUUUCUCCCGAUUCACAGCAUGAUAGGCAAUAUCAAGAUUCUCCCUUCACUUCUCAGACAUUAGGGGACGAUGUGUCAUCGGAAAUUCACUCAACAGCGUUCACUUCUCAUACGCAAGAAAAUGAUGAUAUUUCAUGGGGACCAGAUCCGUUGCAGGAUAUUGUUUGUUUUCCUGAAAUUUUUUCUGUCCAGCAUGAUCAGGUGGAAAACAGUGCCUCUUACAUGAGCGAAGGCAAUGUUAAAAAUUCUGAUUUCGGGGAGUGGGUUGACCAGCUAAUGACAAUCGAUGAUACUCCUCAUCCAAAUUGGAGUCAACUUCUUGGUGAUGACAAUGUUGCUGAACCAACACCAAAGGCAACACAGGUUUCUCUGAAGCAGCAUACACCGUCUUGCGAAGUUAAGGAUCUUUGUAAUUCAGCAUCAGCAUCGACUGCACCUCAAACUAAGCCUAGAAUGCGAUGGAGUCCAGAGCUUCACGAGGCCUUUGUGGAAGCAGUUAACCAGCUUGGUGGUAGUGAGAAGGCCACUCCAAAAGGUGUAUUGAAUCUGAUGAAUGUUGAGGGUCUUACCAUCUACCAUGUGAAAAGCCACCUGCAGAAGUAUAGAACGGCCCGAUACAAACCUGAAUCACCAGAAGAAACUUCUGAGAAAAAGAUGAGUUCGAUUGAAGAAAUGAAAUCUCUAGACUUGAAAACGAGUAAGGGCAUCACCGAAGCAUUACGGUUGCAGAUGGACCUCCAGAAACGGCUUCACGAACAGCUUGAGAUUCAAAGGAAGUUGCAGAUUCAAAUUGAAAACCAAGGGAAACAUCUUCAGAUGAUGUUUGAGAAACAGAAACAGAUAGGUGGCAGCAAGGGCUCCCCCCCUUCUAACGCGCCUUCUGCUGCACUCUUGGACACGGCGAUACCUUCUCCUGUAGAGAGUUUAAAGACGUCAAAUGAUGAACGCGGCGAAUUAAAAUGCAACACUGAAGAAACGUCAACUGAUGAAGUUACCGAUGAACAUGAGAGUACAGAUGAUCAGUCUUCUGCAGUACCCCCGACAAAACGAGCGAAGAUUCAAUGAUAGCUUCUACAGAAUUAUGCUCGAAUUUACGCUUCUCCUGCUUAUCAUAAUGAUAUACUCAACUUUAACAGUAGCUAACAAUGACUAAGUUCAUUUUUUGGGAUGAAAUUAAUUCCACUCCCUAUAUUUGUUCUUUUAUGUUAUUGGACAUGUUUAGACUCCAUGGAACUUGUAGAUAUAUUAUUGGAUCCUAGAAUGUUUCAACUAAUGUGGUUUUUACGUUUUUUAA